CGCGCGCUGCGGCGUUUCUAAACCUACAACUCGGCAGACAACCUUUGACUCGAGAGCGCUGCGUUGGGACGAAGCAGAAAGAAGUGUAAUAAUAAAAAGCCAUCGUGCGCUGAGUGGAAAUCUCAUUGCAGAGGUGUCGCUGCAGCUGUGUUCGCGCUGCAGGCAAAGCUCGAUCGUCUUGCUCAUGGGUCCUCUGUGGAUAGCCCUGCUGGCCGUGAUCGUGACAUUCUGUUGCUGGUUCUUCUGGCAACGAGCUUGGAGGUUCUCCCUGUUCAAGAGGCUCGGAAUACCGGGUCCACAGCCUAGCUUCAUAUAUGGCAACCUCGAAGAGCUGCUUGACAAGGGAAUGGCUGCAGCAUUCGACAACUGGAUCACGAAGUACGGUGACGUCGUUGGGUACUUUCAUGGGUCCAUUCCUGCGGUGCUUACGAGUGAUCCUGAAAUGAUCAAGCAAGUGUUCGUCAAGGAUGGCAAGACAAUUACGGGACGGCAAGUUUUCACGUACGUCACAAAACCACUGCUGCUCAAUCAAGUACGACUUACAAGGGUGUUCGGCCAAGAAUGGAAGGAGCUUCGAGGCCUAAUAUCUCCUACGUUUAAAGGUUCUUACAUGAAACAGGCCGUGGGGAUCAUGAAAGAUCGCACCAAGUUGUUUUCGGAAAUGAUAGAGGUGGCCUCCCGAAAGCAGGGUGGAGUGGUCAACAUGCAUGACCACGUCCUCCGUCUGGCAAUGGACGUAGCCAUGGGCGUCUUCCACGGCUCUGUGACAGACGUACAGCGCGGAGACGAGGCUGCCUGCAAACUGUUGCUCAAGUGCCGGCAGUGCACCGGAAUGUUCGGAGAAAGCAAGAUGGUGCUCAUCAAUUCAAUUUCAGAGCUACCAUUCCUCUUCAAGCCGCUGUUGAAGUACGGUCUCUCUCGCGGCGUUCCUAUGGACUCUGUGCUUGCCUACUUCGGGCCAUUCUUCGAAAAGCGGAGGCAAAUGGAUGGAGCAAAGAAGGCAGAUCUGCUCCAGACACUCCUAAAUGCCGAAUCCGAAGACAGCCCACGGAUAAAUUUUCAGCCGGAGAACAACAACAACUGUGGGAAAAAGAAGGUACAUCUAACCUGCCGCACAAGAACACUGGCUAAUGGCACGCUCUUCAUAAUUGCUGCGAUUGAUGCCGUCGCUACACCACUGACGUUUGCAACCUAUCUCCUGGCUAUGCACCAGGACGUCCAAGAUAAACUCAGAGAAGAAGUUCGAAAAGCAGUAAAGAAAGACGGUGAACUCACGUACGACAACAUCUGUAGCAUGGAAUAUCUUGGCCAAGUGAUCUCUGAAGCACUCCGGAUGUAUCCAUCACUUCAUGGGUUUGUGCAGCGGGCUUGCGACGACAACUACGAAUACAAAGGCAGGGUUUUCCCUAAAGACACAGUUAUCGGAGUGCCCGUGCUCAGGAUGCAUUACGACCCAAGGUUCUGGAACGAGCCAGAGAAGUUUGACCCCGACAGAUUCAGUAGCGAAAACCGGCACCAAAUAAAUCCCAUGGCGUACUUACCCUUCGGCGCCGGACCCAGAAACUGCAUCGCAUCGCGUUACUCGGAGCUCCUCAUGAGGGUGACUUUGGCCACGCUUGUCUCCACGCACAAGGUCCUGCCUAGUGAAAGUGAACCGAAGACAACGGGAAGCUUCCGAGCAAACUUCAUUCUCAUGGUUCCCGACAAAGGAAUGUGGCUGCGGACGGAGAAGCUGUCGUCACCAUGAAAGUGCCAACUUAGCGCCAUCUUCGACUCUCGUAAUAUGGACAUUGAGCUAGUGACAUUAUCUAGGCCCUGGCUAGCUCUGGGGAACAAUAAAAAGUACCUGCACUGUGUUCAGUCCUCCCGAUCUGCCCAGUAUUGUCAUAUUGGCAUUGUGCCUGAACCCCGGACAUCGCUACGUCUGAGAUGGGCUUGCGUGGUCUGCCCAUUUAAAUAUUAACAUAACAGAUAGAAUAUGUUUGUGCCUACUCAUCCACAAAGCUUACGGCUCCGGCAAAUAAAAAAGCGCAAAUAGAAAGAAAUCCAUAGAAAGAAAUGAAAAUAGAAAAAUAGCAAAAUAGAAAGAAAUCCAUAGAGCAAAUAAAAAAAAUAACAUGAUAAUAUCU